AUGGCGGCCGCCGACAAGUCGCACCGCCACUCCUUAGCUGCGCCCGUGUUGCGGACGUCACCGUCCACGCCGCCGGGCGCCGCGCCUGCUCUGCCUCGUAUCCCAUCGAUGUCGCCCAUCGGCACCAUCGACGAGACAAAGGACCGCCUCCAGCUGCCCGCGGACCGGCCAUGGCCAUUCAGGCAGGACUCGGUCGAUAGCGUCACCGGGCUUCCGCCUCCGACGAGCCCGGCGGACGAGCAUCCCCCAGCCGCGGCGAAGAAAGGCCUCGGCCGUAGCGCAACGAUGAAGUCGCCGCUGAGCAUUCUACGCCGCAAGUGGCCCGGAUUCAGCGUCAUCACGCAAGCGCCCGAAGAGCCUGCGCGCGACGAGAGCGGGCGCCAGCUCUCGUCUCGCCCCUCCUCACUCGACAUCCGCAACGUUCCCCGCCAGCCGUCGCCGACGCUCCGCCUCGUCGACCUCGCCGUUACCCAGGUCACGGUCCAUGACGAGAACGACCGCCCGCCCACGCCGCCACAGAAGGACACAAACAAGAGGGAUAGCAGGGGGUUUGGACGCGCCCAGUUCGUUAAGGCUCGUCGCAGGAGCGAUAACAGCCUCCAGUCGCCCCGCCAGCUGGGCCUUGUCCCUUCCCCCACGCCAAGCCUCAGCUGCGAGAGCGCUACGGCCGCUAGCAUCCUGGGCGACUCGUCGCCGGAUUCCUCCUCACGCCCCAGCAUCGAGAUCAUACCCGGAUCGCUCGGCGUCGAGGUCAUGCCUGUCGAUGACGGCCUGCUUGUGCCCCCGAAGAGGUCGUCGAGCCUCGACCGCGUCGAGGUCUGCGAGUGUUCAAUAUGCCUGAGGAGCAAAGGUAAGCUAGCCAUAUCUCUACCGUAA